AUGCUGUUUAAUGUUGUUUGGUUGCAAGUAAAACGUCGUCCAAGUGGAGCUUAUGUUGUUCAAGGAGAUCAUGACAUUGAUCGAGGUUGGAUGAAGGAAGUGACCAAAGGACGCAAUACAAAAAUAUUUCCUCGGAUGCUUUUUGAUGGUUGGUCAGGUGAAGAUUACUUGCAUCUUUUCUCAAGUGAAGAUGAAAUAGAAGACUGUGUGGAAACCAUUUUGAAAUUUAUCAAGUCUCAGCAUUUCCAGGGAAUUGUGCUGGAGAUUUGGUCUCAACUUGGUGGGCAUCGAAAAACAGAUUUGAUUCAUUUUUUGACUCACAUGGGACAGAUGUUCAGAGAAGAAGGACGUUUCCUUAUACUUGUUAUUCCUCCAUCAGCAGAAUCUGGGGCUGAUGGAAUGUUCAACAAAGAGGAUUUUAAUGCUCUCUCACCUCACAUUGAUAGAUUCAGUUUAAUGACUUAUGAUUAUUCAAGUCCAUCCAGACCUGGACCCAACAGUCCUUUGGCAUGGAUGAAGGCAUGUGUAGAAAAUCUUGUUCCAGAAUCAAACUCUACAUUAAGGAAAAAAAUUCUUUUAGGAUUCAAUUUUUAUGGUUAUGAUUUUGUUCCUGGUUCUGGAGAACCUGUCAUUGGUCACAAAUUUAUUGAAAUUUUAAAGAAACACAAACCUGACAUCAGGUGGGAUCAAAACAGUGCUGAACACACAAUUCAAUACAAAACUGGGAUUGGUCAUCACAUCAUUUAUUAUCCAUCACUUUUAUCAAUAGAAACCCGAUUGGAACUUGCCAAAUAUUUGAAAACUGGAAUAUCAAUUUGGGAAAUAGGUCAAGCACUUGAUUACUUCUACGAUUUGUUAUAG